AUGGCCUUGCCAGAAUGGGCUGCUCAGUAUGAGGACGACCCUGCUCUGCGAGAAUCCCUGGCAGAGAAGGAGCUCUGUGAGACACGAGUUUGGCGAAGGGAUGGGCUCGAUGUUACUCGCGGUUCAACGCGCAAAUUUGCAGAGGCACACAAUUCCCUCCGAAGAGGAGCGGCUCAGUUCUACAUCAUGAACAGCUUCGUCCUGGCCCUGCCGUCCCUUCUGGAGCUCCUCUUUGCCGCGAGGAACUUCAGCUCCGCCUGUGGCUGGGCCGCGGCCGCUUGGAUGACUGUCGACAGCGUGGUCUGUCUCUUUGGGAGCCUCCUCAGCCUUUGGCUCUGCCUCCAAGCUCAGGUUCUCCAGGAUCUCGAGCUCCAGGAACACCUGGUAAGGAAGGCCCGUGGUGACCCAGAACUUCCAGAAGAGCUGGAGGGCAAGGUCGACAAUUUCAACAAGGUCACGCGCUGUGCAGUGAUAUCGAUCGCAGCUUCCAUGCUUUCUUCACUGGUUCUGUGGGCAGUGGGGUUGUGCAUGUUCUUCUUCAAGGAUCUCUCGCAGUGCGACGAUGUGCGAAGGUGGGUUCGGCUCAUGACCUGGGUGCGUGUCCUGAUGCCCUUCUUCUUCUUGUGCU